CACAAAGCGAUGGAGGCAUGAAGUGAAGUGCAAGCACUGAUCCUUCUCUGGCUGGAGUAGCCACCACAGGCUCCUGGAGACGCUGCUGGCCACCCUGCACCUCCCUGCGUGAGCCAGCGAGGAUGGAAGUGACCGGGAUCAGCUGGGCAAAGGACCCUUCACCGGGUGCUGGGGUGUCGUGCCCCUGAAGAUGGGAGUUACAAAUGGCCUCCUUGUGAACUGCACGUGUGGCACAGGCACCUGCACUGCCAGACCCCUCGCACAGUAACCCAAGGCUGCCCCGGGACAGGGGGGCGUUGGCCACAGCAGCUCAUCCUGUUAACUCCUCCGUGAAAACACAGGCGGAACAGCUUUCCUUCGCCUCCCGUGGAUGAGGGUUGCGGGUGCCUGUGCCCCGCGCGCUGCUGCGGCGUCCCCUGCCCUCCGCGGGGGUGGGCAGCAGGCUGAGCAUCCCCCGCUCCCCAGCGAGACCGGCGGCAGCCGAGCACGGAGCCGCCCAGCUCUGCCCCCGGGGACAAAUGCCAGCUGCCAGACUCUUCUCUGGAGACCCAGGAGCAGCCCGUGAGGCACCAGCACUGACUGCUCCCACGCUGACAGUGGGCAGUCCGGGACGCCUCUCCUCACAGAUGUGACUCGUGGUGGGACAGGAGUGCUCCAGCUGCCGGGCACGGCAUGCAGCAGGGAUGGGGAUGCUCUGCACUGACCGGGCAGCCUCACGCUGCUAGUGUGGACUUCCCUCCUACUCUUCCCUAAAGGAUGCUAGCUGCCUGUCCAACAGCUCCUGCUCAUGCAUCCUCCUAGAGUGCAAUGGCGAAGGGUCUGCAGGGCUUCUCGUGGACCAUGCUGCUGCUGUUCUGCGCCAUCCAGGAGCUGGGGUCCUGGGCCGUGCACACGGCGGUGGAGGGCCCUGGCCUAGGGCAGCCAGGGGACCCUGCGCUGCUGGCCGGAGGGCGAGUGAAGCGUGGCUGGGUCUGGAAUCAGUUCUUCGUGGUGGAGGAGUACACGGGCACGGAGCCGCUGUACGUGGGGAAGAUCCACUCGGACUCGGAUGAGGGAGAUGGCUCCAUCAAGUACACCAUCUCCGGGGAGGGCGCAGGGACCAUCUUCCUCAUCGACGAGAUCACAGGUGACAUCCACGCCACCGAGCGCCUGGACCGGGAGCAGAAAACCUUCUACACGCUGCGGGCACAGGCCCGCGACCGGCAGACGGAUCAGCUGCUGGAGCCCGAGUCGGAGUUCAUCAUCAAGGUGCAGGACAUCAACGACAGCGAGCCACGCUUCCUGGAGGGGCCCUACAUCGGCAGCGUGGCUGAGCUCUCCCCCAUCGGCACCUCUGUGAUGCAGGUGAUGGCCUCUGAUGCUGACGACCCCACGUACGGGAGCAGUGCCAGGGUGGUCUACAGCGUGCUGGAGGGUGAGCAGCACUUCACUGUGGACAGCAAAACAGGUGUGAUCCGGACGGCCGUGGCUGACCUGGACCGUGAGACGCAGGACCGCUACGAGGUGGUGAUCCGAGCAACAGACAUGGCAGGACAGCUGGGCGGCCUGUCAGGAUCCACCACAGUCACCAUCGUGGUCACUGAUGUCAAUGACAACCCACCACGCUUCCCCCAGAAGAUGUAUCAGUUCAGCAUUGUUGAAACGGCCCCCGUGGGCACUGCCAUCGGCAGGGUGAAGGCUGAGGACUUCGAUGUCGGGGAGAACACAGACAUGACAUAUCAAGUGAAGGAUGAGGAAGGGGUGGAGAUGUUCAAAGUCACCACGGACAGCAAUACCCAAGAGGCUGUCAUCACGGUACAGAAGCCUCUUGACUACGAGUCAAAAAAAGUGCACACUGUUGUGGUGGAGGCCCUCAACAAGUUCGUGGACCCGCGGUUCGUGGACCUGGGCACCUUUCGGGACCAGACCAUCGUGAGGGUCUCAGUGUUGGACGUCGAUGAGCCCCCCGAGUUCCGGCCCCCCUCCAACCUGAUGGAGGUGCAGGAGGACGCACGAGUUGGCUCUGUCGUGGGGGUGGUCACUGCCCUCGACCCGGACACAGCGAACCACCCUGUCCGGUACGCCAUCGACCGCAGCACGGACUCCGAGAGGAUCUUUGACAUCGAUGCCAAAACAGGUGCCAUUGUGACAGGAAAGGUCCUGGACCGGGAGACAGCAGGGUGGCACAACAUCACUGUCCUGGCGAUGGAAGCAGAUAAUCACUCACAAGUGUCAAGGGCCUCUCUCCGUAUCCGUAUCCUGGAUGUCAACGACAAUCCACCUGAGCUCGCCACUCCGUAUGAAGCUGCUGUGUGUGAGGAUGCCAAGCCAGGCCAGCUGAUCCAGACAAUAAGCGUUGUGGACCGGGAUGAGCCUCAGAGCGGCCAUCAUUUCUACUUCACGCUGGCACCUGAAGCCACCAACAACCACCACUUUUCUUUGCUGGACAUCCAGGACAACACGGCUGCGGUGCACACACAGAGAGUGGGCUUCAACCGCCAGGAGCAGGACGUGUACCUGCUCCCCAUUCUGGUGGUGGACAGCGGCCCCCCGGCCCUGAGCAGCACGGGGACUCUGACCAUCCGUGUCUGUGGCUGCGACAGCAACGGGGCCAUCCAGUCCUGCAACAGCACAGCCUAUGUCGUGUCGGCCACGCUGAGCCCCGGCGCCCUCAUCGCGCUGCUGGUCUGUGUCCUCAUUCUGGUUGUGCUGGUCCUUCUGAUCCUCACGCUGAAGCGACACCACAAAAGCCACCUGACUUCUGAGGAUGACGAGGACAUGAGGGACAAUGUCAUCAAAUACAACGAUGAAGGGGGCGGCGAGCAGGACACGGAGGCCUACGACAUGUCAGCCCUGCGCAGUCUCUACGACUUCAGUGAGAUCAAAGGUGGCGAUGGAGGUGGGGGGCCAGGAGAUGGGGGCCCGGGCAGAAACCCUGCCUCUGAGCUCCAUGCCCUCCCACAGUGGGUGCAGAGCCCGGACCUGGACUUCUCUGUGUUCAGAGACUAUAUCUGCAGGAAGGUGGAGCAGGCGGACGAGGACCUCUCUGUGCCGCCCUAUGACUCAUUCCAGACCUAUGCCUUUGAGGGCUCGGACUCCCCUGUGCCCUCCCUGAGCUCCAUCAACACCUGGUCCAGCAGUUCGGAGCAGGACUUCUCGUACCUGAGGGGCUGGGGGCCCCGUUUCCGGCAGCUGGCAGCGCUGUACGCGGGGCGCAGGGGCGAGGAGGACAGUGAGGAGUCGUAGCUGCCUCACCAACCCCUGCGAGGCUCCUGGUGCCUCCUGGACUGCGGCUCCCGCACCGCGAGGUGCCACGUGGGGACCGUGGCCAGACUCCACGGCUGCCACAAAGGGGCUGCGCCGCAGAGCCGGGGGCACUGGGGGACUGCUCCUCUGCAGCUGCCUCCUGCUUGGGUGGGCUCCGCACCCCCGAGGAGGGGCUGGGGAGCCCGGAGGAGCCUGGCCGUGGUGUCUUCAUCUCCUCAAUGCCAGUCCUCAUUAGAGCACUACGCAUUAACUUAAGAAAGAAAAUCUAAUUCAAGAGAGUUUGGAGACGAUUUCUCCCCCCACAAAUUAUCAUUUAAAUAGAUCUGUUCGGUGAGCCCCAUCCAGGAGAGGAAGAGCAAACCGGGAGCCUUUUGUUGUCUAAAUUGUUUUUGUCACUUGAGUCAGAGUAUUUGAAGAGCUUUGCUUUCUUUAAGAGCUUUCCUUUCAGAAGGAAACAAGCUUUUAACUUCUGUUAAGAUUUCCCCCCCUUAAGUUCACUCGCUUUUUUGGAGUCUUCCUUCUCUCUGUUCCCUGUGGGCCUCUCAGCAGCCCCCAGCUGCCAGCAUGGCAUUGGAGGGAUCACAUCCUGCACAGAGCGGCCGCUCACCUCAAACCACACUUCACCCCCGCACUGCAAUCUCUUCGCCCCUGUCUUGUGGUCACAGAGGUGCUUGUGAUGUGAAGGGGCUGUCCAACACUCCCUGCACAGCAGACAUUGUCUGCAAGGUCCUGGAGUGCCCCACAAGCCCCAGUGACAGAUGGGGACAUCCCACCCAUGACCAAGGCAUGGUGCUGUGGCCUGAGCCGCGGGGCAGUCACAGUGCUGGGGAGCACCGUCGGAGGGGCCCAGAGAAGCACCCCCAGUGGGCUCUGCCAGCCCCUCAUGUGGGACUCAGGGUUUACGGAGCUCUCAGUCAGGCACUGGCUGUCACCAAACGGUAUGAGCUGCACAGGGCAGCAGGCAGGACAUCAGUGCUACCUGACCCACAGCAGCUGGGGAGAGCUGCAUCCCAUGGAGGACCAUGCUGCAGGGUACGAGAUAACCCCAGCCCCUGACUGGGGGGAAUAAUUCCUGCUUACACCCAGCUGACAGCAAAGCAUCAUCAUGGGCGACAGAAAAGCCAUCCCCAGGAGGUGUACAUGAGGCCAGGUCCUGCUUGUGCUGCUCUGCCUGCUGGCUGCAGGCUGGGCAGCAAAUCUGUAACACCUUGUGGUCCCUGGGGUGUUGCCACCCCAGCACAGUGCCCUGCAAGAAGCCAGCAUGAGCUGCCACAGUGGGGCUGCCUUUGUAUGAAAUUCCUGGGUUUGGAAGGCAGGUCAGGAAGAUGCCAACAGGACGUGCCAUUGCUCCUUGGGCUGUAGAUGAUGCUGGAGGAAAGCACGGGGUGCCCUGUGCCUUCCCAGCCUGCCGACUACCCCGGGGGGACUGAACAGCACGUGGAGCGAUGCCCUCACACGGCGUCUCAGGCAGUGCUGGCUAGUGCAGCUCCUUAUCUGUUCAUGUUGGGAAAAAAAUCAAUUAUAUCCUUGAUAGGUAACUGAUAAGGUCUCCCAAGGCCUGACACAUCCUGGGCUUAUCAUUGGGUUUGUCCUUUUAGUUUUACCACAGUGUUUUCUCUCCUUGGAGAAGGUUUAACUGUAAAUGUACGUGUGUUCAUUUUUUUACCGUGUGUUGCUUCCCGGCUGCUGGUGUUGGUCCUUUGGCUGCAGCAUGAGACCUGACAGUGGAGAGGGACAGGACCUGUCCUUGUCACAGUGCCUGCCCUGCCCGCUGCUGCCACGGCCACCUGUGCAGAGCCCCAGCUUGGCUCAUACCAGGACCAGGAGCUCCUUUCUCCAUAGGGCCUCCCUGGUCCCCCCGAGGAGGCGGUGGAUGCCGUGGCUGGCACCCAGCCUGGCGUGCUGCUGGUUCACUGUGAUGAUGCUGGGGAGGCAGCGGGGCUCUGGAGGGCCAGCUCUGGCCGCGCUGCCUCGGGCAAGUCAUGCCCUGCACCACCCCCUGCCCCCCCUCCCCGUGCAGGAGAAUGGAGAAAGCCCUCUCUUUCCUCAGGAAUGUGUUCGUGUUUUCCCUCUGGGCUGCAGAUCCGUGCCCGAGCCCCUCCGGCACUGGCCCUUCCUCUAGCCAAGUGUUGUGCAAUAGCAGGGCUCUGUCCUAGGAGAUGGGGUCUGACAGGGUCCGUGUUUAGCAAACCUCCCACCGGGUUCCCCCCAUCCCUGCCCGGCGCAUGCACGCACGCUUGCGUUUUAGUUUCUACCCCAGUGUAAAUAGGGGAGGAGCGCGGUGC